GACUCACCACAAACGAGCGAGUACCUAGAUGCCAAAGAUGGUUCACAAAGCUAUAGCGAAAGAUACGAGAGUCUUGAUGAAGAAUCAUCACAAGACGACCAAUUAGAGGAAGACGAAUACGAUCCAGAUGAAUAUCUACCAGAGGAUCAAGACGACGAAUAUGAUCCCGACGAGGAUGACGAACAACAUAUUCUAGAGGAGGAGGAAGACUACUCCGACCAGGAAAUUGACGAACAAGAUUCGGUUUACGAACGAUUCGAUACCGCAGAGUACGAACAACAUUACGAACCCAUAGAGGCGGAACAAUACCCCGAAGAGGAUUAUGAAAUUGUGGAUACAACCACAAGCCAAACACUGGAUGAUUCCGAAAUCAUCAGAGAACAUGAGCCGAUCGAAGAAUAUUCGCAGGAGGACCAACAAUACCCUGACGAAUCCGAAAAUUCUUCUCAAGAAGAACAUUUCACCGAAUAUGAUCCCAGAGGAGGACUAUUCUUAGAUGAAAUACCGCAAUGGCAAGAAGAAGAAGACGACUACAUUGUCGAAGAGCCACAAGAUGGUGAUCAAGAAGAUAGAAUCACGACGAUUCAACCUCAGAACCGCAGUAUAGCGACACAGAGUCAACAAUUGACACAAUUAAUGGCAAACUUGCCAAAUCAACACGAGGAGACCUACCAGGACGACCGUGUUCAAGCCAGAAUAAAAGCAACAAGAUAUUCAACUAGGGGCGGAACUACGCACGCUACACUGGAAAGUGAAUAUCAUUUGUGCACAAUUACCGUUAAAGAAGAAACCACGGAACAAUUCAAUCUUCCGGAAUGCACUAUAACGCCAAUUCGCAGGAAAAUUGUGAUAAACGGCACGUACAUCAACAAAAACAAUAAAAUACCACGAGAAGAGGUCGAAACGUUGAAACCAGAGACAAAAGUGAAGAAACAUACUACAAACAAUGAGAUGACUAUGAAAAAUUUCAAAAAGCAAAAGAUGGUAACAAUUCCUACAAAUACCAUUAAAUCAUUACACCAGAACGAAGAAGUACAAAUUUUAAGACUAAUUAACGUUACUGACCCAACAAUAAAGUCAGAAAACGAGAACAUAUUAAAAACCAACAUACUCACUACAGAAGAUGAAGAUUAUCACAUGGAAACCGCAAGAAGGACCAUAGAACCAAUUCCCACCGAGGAAGAAUCGGCGAACCUGAAACAAAAGGAAAAAAUAAGGUUAGUCGAUGAAAACAAACAAAAACACGAAACAGUGUCAAAUAAAACCCAUACACUAAAGAAAAGUGAGGUAGACACAUUAAAUGAAAUAAACAUAGCGAAAAGCAAACAAAACCACGCAAAAACUGCAUUACAUGUAAACCAGGUACGUGUGAACGCACCACAAAACGAAUAUCUUACGAAAAAUGAACCAAGUUCCACAACAGUACAGGAACAAGUACAAUCAAUAAGCAAUAACAUUCAAAACCUGCAAGACCAAUUGCAGAACUUAAUUAAUAAAGCUAAAACGCAAAUCGGCCCACGAAAGAACAAACCGAGUACAUUAAAUCAACUUAAAACUGAAUCUCUUACGCAGAUUAGCAAUGAUUCAUCAAAAGAAUCAAUAAUAUUCGCUAAAAAUGCGAACCAACACGCUAAAUCACACGAUCAUACUAUUUCAUGCGAUAACAGCCAUAAAAAGACACUAGGACAAAAUAAACCUAGUCUUAGAACGCGCUCACCCAUCAUAACCCGUAGACGCAAAAGCGAUCAGCUAUCACAGCAAACCGACACGAUACGUACAAAUAAAAAGUGGUUAGCUGAUAAAUAG